AUUUCAAAACCUGCGAGCAGUGAAUGCGGUCAUGCGGCUUUAGAAAGCCAGACGGGGCUCCGCGGUGCGCGCGUUCGUCGGGGGCGGAGCCGUCCGCAAAACGCUGGACAAAGGCAACAAGGGGGAGCAAUAACAAUCAAAAGGGGCAGUGCACAGCGGCGGCCAUGGCGGUGAACGGCUGAUUGAUGCAGCCGAUCGGCUCGUGCUGCUGCUGCACUGCAGAUACUACUACACUACGGCGGUCCGUGCGUGCGAGAAGCUCAUGCUGGCGGCGGCGCAGCGUUGUUCCGGGCAGUCGGCGGCAGCGGGGCGGCGGUGAGCCAUGGCGCCACGGUGGCGGUGCUGACGACCGACGUCCCCGUCAUCGACCGGCCGCGGCAUGGCUGCAGCCGGGUGUGCCCGAGCUCGGCUCCCGCUGCUGCUCCUGCUGCUGGCGGUGCACAUCGUGCGCCGAGCAGAUGGCUGUGACUUUCCAGCGGCCUGGUGGGGUGAGUGGUUCUUGCAGGGAGCACGGGAGCCUGUGCGCAUCAACCGCACCCACAUAUCUACGCGGGGUCGGUGCCUGGAGGGCCGCGAAAGCAAGUUUCUUCUGUCUGAGACUGGCUGCGUGCGCUGCUUGGGCAUCAGUGCGAAGCACGCGAAUGUGCUGCAGUACAAAGAAACGCCUUGCUCGCACCAGACCUCACACGCGGCCGUGUGUGCAGAGUUUGCGGGUGACGCCAGCCUGUACUCACUCUUCCGGCUCAAUGGCAGUGAGCAGGAGUGCCCCAUGCAGGGCCCACUCCUGUUCAGCUACAACCAAGGCGGUGGCGAUUGUGCUAAUCCCCCCUCAAACCUGGAGUCGUGCACCGAACCCAGCCGGCUGCUGUUGCGCUUCCAGGCCUGCGCCAGCGUGCUUGGCUCCGAGAGCAGAGAGGAGCAGCUGACAUGCCUGGCGUCGUGGAAAGAGGGCUCGGUGCGCUACCUGGUUGGCCGGCUGGUGCAUGCAGCAGCCAAGACGGAUGCUGAUCGGCUGCGCUGCUUCGCUUACGAGCAGACCGAUGGUGGCUGGCAACUGGCCCAGUCGGGAGACGCCACGUGCGAUGCCCUGAGCGGUGCCACCGAGGGGUCACGCACGCUGCGCCUGUGGCCGCCCCCCAUGCCGGUGGGGCACGUGUGCAGCUGGCCAGACUGGUUCGCACGAGGCGCCUGGCAGCCAUUGGGCGAGGCUGGCACCCCGCUCCAGGUGUUGUCGCCUGAUGCAUUGCUCAUGGGUGCCACACGGCUGCGCUGCCUCGAGCCACUGCCAGCUCUUAGUGACCCCGCAGAAGCACGCUUUAAGGUCCAGGCCAUGCAUCAGUGUGCAAGCCAGCGGCGCUGCCUGGGGCUCCUGAGGAGAGCAGCACACGUGGUGGAGCUGCGGCUGGGCGACUGCGAGCAGCUGUCGCGGCCACUUACAUUGGUGCAGCAGCGCCAGGCAGGCAGCUGUGGCCCCCUUCUGGGCCGCCUCUUCCUCCUGCCCCAAGCGGGCGCCACAGCAGGACUGCUCCAGGGCUGUGGCGGCCACUCGGUGCUCAGCUGGGGCUGUGGCUACCACCAGGAACAGCUGCAGCUGCUGCUCGGAUGCGGCUCUGACAUACACCGAUUUGAGUGCCAUGGCAGCUGGGAGGAGAAUGGCACACGUCUGCUGGUAGCCAGUGCAGUGUCCAGCCAGCGCCACUACUGCAUUGCUGUGUUGGCGCAGCGUGUGCAGUUUGCUGAGAGCCCCCCUGCAUGCACCCAGGGCCUGCCCUGGCCAUGGUUGUCCUUUGAGCUGACACACACCGACAGCUGCGACUCGCAUGAAACGGGAGCAGCUGCUGGCCAGUGGCCUUUAUUACCAGUGGCCGUACUUCCGAUGUUGCUGCUUGCAGCCCAAACGCUUUCCUAGGUGCUGUUGUGGACAGGCUCAAGAGACUGCAUAACAGUGUUGGUGCUGGCAUUCUUAAUGUGUCUUGAUGUGCUGUGACCAAGAGUCUGACCACGUCGUUGGAGCUAGAAGACAGUGCCUCUGCGUGCACAUCUAAACAGAGGCCUUCAUUUGGGCAGCUGCCAAGUGGUACCUUGGAAGGGAGGCAGAUGCUGUGUAAUUCAUUGUUCACAUGCAUUCCAGAGGCACAGGACCCUCUGUCAAACCAUUACACCUUCUUCCAGCCUGCCUACAGACCAGCCAGCACAGUGGAAUGUGGUGCAGUGACUCAAGCAAACUGCUGAGAGACGAGCACUUGCAUUUGUAAUGGACCUCUGUGUAUACAGUAUGGUUGAGCAGAAACAGCAGUCGCACAAAUGCUUUGUUAAUACACCAAGUCCUUGCAUUCUUUAUCCAAUGCCAGAACCUGUAGAACAUGUUUGACGAUUUUAAUUAGAUGAGAAAUAAAGUCCAAAGCAGUUUCAAAA